AUGAUCAUUGUCACCGAUAUACCUCACCGUGAUGCCAUGUUCUCCAUCUUCCACCAAUACAUCCCAACUCAGUCCUUAAUGAACUCCUUUAUAUACCUCAGCCCGUUCAAUAGGAGCAUUCUAAUGACAAGGAUGGGGAGGUCAUUCCAAGAGAUUGGAUGGAAGUAA